AUGGGUAGAAAAGGUAAAGGUCCUAAAACAAACAAACAAAAAUUAUUGCCAGAAAAAGAACGUUUUAUUGAAUGUUGUUCUGAUAUUUCUUUAGAAUUAACAAAUUCUUUAACUUCAUCCAAUACAAGAGAAAUUAAUUUAAAUGGAUUAAUUACUAAAUAUUCCAAAAAAUAUAAAUUAAAACAACAACCAAGAUUAACAGAUGUUAUUAAUUCCAUUCCCGAUCAAUAUAAAAAAUAUUUAUUACCAAAAUUAAAGGCUAAACCGGUUAGAACUGCCUCAGGUAUUGCUGUAGUAGCAGUCAUGUGUAAACCUCAUCGUUGUCCUCAUAUUGCAUACACAGGUAAUAUUUGUGUUUAUUGUCCAGGUGGUCCAGAUUCAGAUUUCGAAUAUUCUACUCAAUCUUAUACAGGAUAUGAACCAACGUCAAUGAGAGCCAUUAGAGCUCGUUAUGAUCCAUAUGAACAAGCUCGUGGUAGAAUUGAACAAUUAAAACAAUUGGGUCAUUCUGUGGAUAAAGUAGAAUAUAUUAUUAUGGGUGGUACAUUCAUGUCCUUGCCAAAAGAUUAUCGUGAAGAUUUCAUUACUAAUUUACAUAAUGCAUUAUCUGGGUUUAAUGGUAAUGAUUUGGAUGAAGCUAUUCAAUAUUCUCAACAAAGUUUAACUAAAUGUGUUGGUAUUACCAUUGAAACAAGACCAGAUUAUUGUACAAAGCCACAUUUGGAUGAUAUGUUAAGAUAUGGUUGUACAAGAUUAGAGAUUGGUGUUCAAUCAUUAUAUGAAGAUGUGGCUCGUGAUACUAAUAGAGGUCAUACCGUUAAAUCUGUAUCUGAAAUUUUUGCAUUAUCAAAGGAUGCUGGUUAUAAAGUUGUGUCACAUAUGAUGCCCGAUUUACCAAAUGUAGGUAUGGAAAGAGAUCUUGAACAAUUUAAAGAAUAUUUUGAAAACCCUAAUUUUAGAACUGAUGGGUUAAAGAUUUAUCCAACUUUAGUCAUUAGGGGUACAGGUUUAUAUGAAUUAUGGAAAGUUGGUAAAUAUAAAUCUUAUAAUGCUAACGCAUUAAUCGAUUUAGUCGCAAGAAUCAUGGCAUUAGUACCACCAUGGACUAGAAUUUAUAGAGUUCAAAGAGAUAUUCCAAUGCCCUUAGUUACCUCUGGUGUUGAUAAUGGUAAUUUAAGAGAACUUGCAUUGGCUAGAAUGAAAGAUUUUGGUACAAAAUGUAGAGAUAUCCGUACAAGAGAAGUUGGUAUCCAAGAGGUCCAUCAUAAGAUUCAACCUGAUCAAGUAGAAUUGAUUAGAAGAGACUAUUAUGCUAAUGGGGGUUGGGAAACAUUCCUUUCAUAUGAAGAUCCAAAGAAAGAUAUUUUGAUUGGUUUAGUUAGAUUAAGAAAGGCAUCUAAAAAAUAUACAUAUAGAAAGGAAUUUAUAAAUCAAAGGACCUCUAUCGUGAGAGAAUUACAUGUUUAUGGUUCUGUUGUACCUUUACAUUCAAGAGAUCCUCGUAAGUUCCAACAUCAAGGUUUCGGUACUCUAUUGAUGGAAGAAGCAGAAAGAAUUGCUCGUGAAGAACACGGUUCUGAAAAAAUCUCUGUUAUUUCUGGUGUUGGUGUUAGAAACUAUUAUGCCAAGUUAGGGUAUGAAUUGGAUGGGCCAUAUAUGUCUAAAAAGAUAUCUGCAUAUUAA